CUGCGUCCCGCUGACGUUUGCUCUCCGCGCUGGGUCUCUGUAGUUAUCUCUGCUGCCAGUUGUACUAGUUCCUGGGACUUUCUCCACAAUCUUAAAAGGAGGUCAGAGCUUGUAACUUUUGAGCGUAAGAGCCCAGUGACAAGGGUGCUUUGAUCUUGCAAAGAGGGUUAAGUCAACGCAGAAAAGGCUUGUUCACCUCGUGCAACUCCUUUCGAGGAUCCCAGUGACAAAACUGUGUGGUGGUCUUAUUUCUGUCAGAACCAUUCUCUCUUCCAUCCUGCAGGAAGGUACAUUGUAGUAAUAUGUGUGUGCCAGAACCUGCCACAGACUUAGUUGCCUUCUGUCACUGUCUUCUAUUUUUUUUCCCAGUUGGCUGGUCUCUUUAAAUGUAUGCCUUUUGCUGCCACGCGUUUGGUGUACUGUGGUGCUAUCUCCCACUAUAAAGUCUCCUGAAAACUUCAUUUGAUCCAUUUGUAAUUAUGUGAUCCAGAAGGCAGCAUAGCUGUUAUUUCCUCCUAGUUUUCUGUCAUCCCUCCUCUUCAUGCUUCCAGCUUAAGUUGUUCCAGAGUCCUGGACUUUGUUGCCCUCUAUGCACAGAGAAGGAAAGAGGAAUUGUGUCUGUGGACAUGGCAACCUUUUUGUUUUUAAUGGCUAUUUUACAGUAUGGUACUGUAUUAAAACAAAUGUUGCAAAGAUUAUCUUGUAAGAUAGUAAAGAACAGAAAUCAAACCUGUAGUAUCUAUUGAUCGUGCCUUAAUGAGGACAAGAUUUUUAUACAGGAUGCCAAUAUUGAUCUGUGCUUUGUCUUGGACGUGACUGCUGUGGAAGAGAGCCAAGGAGGAUGCCAAGGACUGCAUCACUGAUUCUCGACAGCCAGGAACCUGACCAAAACUCCAGCAAAGAGAGAAGAGUGCUUUUCUUCCACAAACUCCCAUUUGUGGUGUCAGUCUGUCUUCCAUUCCUAGAAAUCUGGAGGUGCUGUGGAAGUGGUAGGAAACCUGAGGUUGCUAGACCUGCAUGGCUCCUACUGAUAACUGCUCAGUGCCUGACAAAGUGGAAAGAACAAAAGUGAACAUUUUUGACUUUGUGAAAGCCUCUUCAAAACAUGCAUUCAUAGUGCAGGCAUGGAGGGGUUGCUCAGAGGUGAAAAGCAAAAAAAAAAGCAGAGGAACCAAAAUGCAGGGCUUCUCUUCGACCAAGGAGAUGACAGAGGACAGGCUUUCUCCAUCCAGGAAGCUAAAGAGAUCUUCAGAACAGCACAUCACGUCUUGCAGUGACCCAGGAAACCACGCAGCUGGCUGGGGCUGUGACUGCAGAAAUAGUUGUCAGAAAUGCUGAGUGCCAUUGGAAGGUGUGAUCCGUGAAAGCUGCUGGUUUAUCUCCAGAUACUGCUCGUGGUGUCCUACUGUGUCGUACAAGCUCUGAACUUCAUGGGCUGCAGAGUAACCUUUGGAGGCAGUCUGCUGCUGGAACACCCUUCAGGAGCCCCUUUGUGUGGCAGUGAAGGCAGCAGUGUGGGGGAGCAGUGUUGUGGGCUGGUGUCAGUGAGCCUGUGCUGUUUGAGGCCCCCAGCCCUCCCGCCUGGCAGAGGAAAGGGUACAAUGAGCUGCUGAGUGCCUUGGUACUUGCUACAGCACCCUGCCUGCUCACACUGCUGAAGCACUUGGACUCAGAAGAACAAAGCUGGUGAUGAGACUUGAAGAAACUGAAGUUAGUUUGCCCUGCUCUGGUGGCCCCAGCUAUUUUAUUGAUCUUUGUGUGUGUUACAGCCUGUUUAAUAGAUCUUUCUGAGUCCCUGGCUUGUGCUAGUGCACUGGCCUAAAGAGUGAGAUUGUCUGCUGUGCAUCCAGGUAUUCCUGAAAGUACUUGCAGGGCAAAAGGAGCCCUACACAUCAAAAUACAGCCUUCCCUUCCUGCCCAGACUGAGCCUCUCAACAGUUGCUGAUUUCACUCUCAGUGCAUUUGCAUCCAGUGGUUUCCCUCAAGAAGAAAAUGAAACUAAAAGGAAAACAGAACUGAAAGAAAAUUUAAUAAAAGCAAAACUCAUUCUUUUAUAGCAUGAAAUAGAAAGACUGUGACCUUGCUGAGCAGAGUGCUUUGGUACACUUUGCAGACCACGCCAAGUAGUUGAAAGGCUUAGGUAGGGCAUGUGUCCAAAAGGGGCACGUGAAGGUGGUUGUAUCUCUUGUAGCUGUCUGGCCCUUGCACACACAUCCCUGCUGUCUGGGACCCUUAACAUCUGUGGAAAAAGUUGCUUUGGCAGCCUUAAACCUUCUGACCAGCACCUGCUGUCUGUGCUUCAGUCUCCAAGCAUCGUCACUAUGGUUUUGGAAAUCUGCGUCAACGUUAUUUGUGAGGGGUUGGGUUCCUUCACAUUCUAUAUUUCCAAAAAAAGCCUUCAUCAAGUGUGUAAUAGUGGUGGUAAAGGCAGUUUCUCCUUGAAAACACAUUGUGUUAACUGUGCUAAGCAAGUCAGGCUGUGUUAGGGCUUGUUGGGCAGACUUGAGGAUGUUAUUGUCAACUGCUCUAAACCAUAUAUUUUAGGCAAACAUCUAAUUUAGCACAGCUUUCAGUCUCAGUGCAUAGUGAAGGGAAGUGCUUCUUUCUGGGUGUGAUUUUUGGGACGUGUAUGUAGGGACAGCUGUGGAUGUCACUGAGUGUUGGCACAGGUGUGCCUACCCUUAGGGCUCUUGGUGGGUGUCAGCCUUUAAUAACUUACUAAAAGUGCCUUUUUCACAGAAAUCUGUAUCAAUUGCUUCAGCUCUCAGGCUGCUGCAUUGGGAUGCUCAGCCAGCAACAGAUUUGUAACCGUGGAGGCAGCCAGAGAGCAGCUGGUGAUGGUGAGUCCAACUUCAGAGCAGUAUGACAGUUUGCUCCAGCAGAUGUCAGAAAGGAUUGAUGAGGGAUGUGGGGAGACCAUCUAUGUCAUUGGACAAGGAUCAGAUGGGACUGAGUACGGGCUGAGCGAGGCAGACAUGGAGGCGUCCUAUGCCACGUUGAAGAGCAUGGCCGAGCAGAUCGAGGCAGACGUGAUCCUCCUGAGGGAGCACCAGGAGGCCGGGGGCAAGGUGCGCGACUACCUGGUUCGGAAACGUGUGGGUGACAACGACUUCCUGGAGGUCAGGGUAGCAGUAGUUGGCAAUGUGGACGCAGGGAAGAGCACCUUGCUGGGUGUGUUGACUCACGGCGAGUUAGACAACGGCCGCGGCUUUGCUCGGCAGAAGCUCUUCCGCCACAAGCACGAGAUCGAGUCAGGCCGCACCAGCAGCGUGGGCAACGACAUUCUGGGCUUUGACAGCGAGGGCAACGUGGUGAACAAACCUGACAGCCACGGUGGCAGCUUGGAAUGGACAAAGAUCUGUGAGAAAUCCACCAAGGUCAUUACUUUCAUUGACCUGGCUGGUCACGAAAAAUACCUGAAAACCACAGUCUUUGGCAUGACCGGCCACUUGCCUGACUUCUGCAUGCUUAUGGUUGGGAGUAAUGCUGGGAUUGUUGGAAUGACCAAGGAGCACUUAGGCCUGGCGCUUGCACUUAACGUUCCUGUCUUUGUUGUGGUGACCAAGAUUGACAUGUGCCCUGCCAACAUCCUGCAAGAAACCCUGAAGCUGUUACAGCGACUGCUGAAGUCCCCAGGGUGCAGGAAGAUUCCCGUGCUGGUUCAGAGCAAGGAUGAUGUCAUUGUAACAGCCUCCAACUUCAGCUCAGAGAGGAUGUGCCCAAUUUUCCAGAUUUCAAAUGUUACUGGGGAGAAUCUAGAUUUGCUGAAGAUGUUUCUUAAUCUCUUGUCUCCACGGACCAGUUACAGGGAAGAAGAGCCAGCAGAAUUCCAGAUAGAUGAUACUUACUCUGUCCCGGGUGUAGGAACAGUUGUCUCUGGGACGACGCUGAGAGGCUUAAUCAAGCUAAAUGACACCCUGCUGCUGGGGCCAGAUCCCCUUGGCAACUUCCUCCCCAUUGCUGUCAAGUCCAUCCACCGCAAGAGGAUGCCCGUCAAGGAGGUGCGGGGAGGCCAGACUGCCUCCUUUGCCUUGAAGAAGAUCAAGCGUUCUUCCAUCCGGAAAGGCAUGGUGAUGGUGUCACCCCGCCUGAAUCCACAAGCGUCGUGGGAGUUUGAAGCAGAGAUUCUGGUGCUCCAUCACCCCACGACCAUCAGCCCACGAUACCAGGCCAUGGUGCAUUGUGGCAGCAUCCGUCAGACAGCCACGAUUCUCAGCAUGGACAAGGACUGCCUGCGCACAGGGGACAAGGCCACCGUGCACUUCCGCUUCAUCAAAACCCCGGAGUAUUUACACAUAGACCAGCGCCUCGUCUUCCGGGAAGGCCGCACCAAAGCCGUGGGUACCAUCACUAAGCUACUCCAGACCACCAAUAACUCACCAAUGAACUCCAAGCCACAGCAGAUCAAGAUGCAGUCAACAAAGAAGGGAGCUGUUACGAAACGAGAGGAUGGUGUUCCCGCCGCUGGGAUGGCAGCUGGAGGCCCAGCAGCUGGGGAUGAGGCCCCCUCAACAGCUGCAGCACCACUAACACCUACUGCCCUGCAACCAUUGCCUGCCCUGGAUGAAGAGCCCCACAGCCGUGAGGGCAAUAAGGUAUUUGGCUGCUCAGAGAGAAACAGUGGGUUUGCUGAGGUUGGGAAAAGUCAGGUAGAGAGCCAUGGUAGGGGGUGGGGGGGGUCUCCUUCAAUUCUGUACAAAGUCAAGGGAGCCUGAGGCCUGAUUUCCUGUAUGCUGAACUCCAUGGCACUUACUGGCUCUCAUGGGAGUGAAGCAUUUAGAAAUUUGGGAAAUCAAAGUCUUCCCAGCUUGAGGGGCAAAACUUCCUGGUGCAUCUGUCUCUCCUCCUUCCCUCGUGGUGUGUCUG